UUAGAACCGUCCGCUCAGCUGCCUGCCUUAAUCCAUAGCAGACGAGCACAUUUGCGCAUCCACCUGACCGGACAAUUUGGCAAAGUUACCAAUGCCAAUAUGAAUCGGCCUAGGAGUAAGGACCAAUAGCUAAAUAAGGCGAUUCUCUAUAAACCCCAAUUCAUAGAGAACGAAUAAACCCUUGAAUUUCAUUUUCAUUCUCAUUCAAAUCCCGCGAACGAGAGACUUCUCUCUCUCCGUCUCUCUACUCUGCGUUCUCCAAUCUUCAAAGGUCACUUACUGAUAGACAGAAACAUGGCGAGUGAACCAGACAUGAGUAGUUGGACUGAUCUUCUUCAUUCUUCUACUAAACUUCUCGAACAAGCUGCUCCAUCUGCCCAGUUUCCUGCCUUACAGAGAAACUUAGAUCAAUUAGAAGCGUUAUCAAAGAAGCUUAAAUCUAAAACUGUACGAACUGAAGUUCCUGCAGAAUCUAAUGCAGCCACCAGGCUGUUAGCGCGUGAAGGGAUAAAUGCCGAACAACUUGCGCGGGAUCUCAAGUCUUUUGAGUUAAAGACGAAAUUUGAGGAUGUCUUCCCCGCUGAGGCAACAAGUGUUGAAGAGUAUUUGCAGCAGGUUCAUGAAAUGGCCAUGGUCACAGCUAUUCAGGAGGCUCAGAAGGAUAACGUUAGAAGCUUUAAUGAUUACAUGGUGAAAGUUUUGGAGGAGGAUUGGCAAAAGGAAAAGUGGGAUUUUCUUCAAGGUUUGAGUCGGCUUUCUACACUUCCCAGAGCAAGCGGUAGUGUAGGCACAGUGAUUAAUCGUCCUGGUGAAAUGGCUUCCAUUACUUCUAGUCCAAGGGUUUCUACUGGUACAACAGGCAUGGAGCUCGUGCCUUCAGCAAAUAAUAAGCCUACCCUCGAAAUGAAGGCUUCAGUGUAUGCUGAGGUUGUUAGGAAACUAAAUGACGCAAGAGAACGAGCCCUACCAUUUAAACCUGCUACUGCUUUCAGAGGUGCUUAUGAAACUUUAGGACUCGAUGUUUCUGGUGGAAAAUCAGUUACUAUGCAGAAGAUCUGGCACUUAAUUCAGGCAUUAGUUGGUGAAGACUCGUCUGUUAAACACAAUGUAUCAAGGAAAAUGUCAUUAGUAAUUGGUGCAAGACGACACCUGGAAAGGGGUCAUGAGAAGUAUAUCCUUGAUACAAUCCAAAGUCACCCUGCACAGGCUGCUCUUGGUGGGGUUGUGGGGAACCUGCAGAAAAUUCGUGCCUUUCUCCGGAUCCGUUUGAGGGAGUAUGGGAUUCUAGAUUUUGAUGCAAGCGAUGCACGCAGGCAGCCUCCCGUUGAUACGACUUGGCAACAGAUUUAUUUUUGCUUGCGAACUGGUUAUUAUGAUGAGGCUAGAAAUGUUGCUUUGUCAUCUCGUGCUUCACAUCAAUUUGCUGCUCAGCUUGCUGAGUGGAUUUCUACUGGAGGUAUGGUGUCCCAAGAGACUGCAGCUGCUGCUACAGAAGAAUGUGAGAAAAUGUUGAGGAUGGGGGAUCGAAUUGGUCGACCUGCGUAUGACAAGAAAAAGUUACUACUUUAUGCUAUCAUAUCUGGUUCACGCAAACAGAUUGACUGGUUGCUUAGGGAUCUACCAACAAUUUUCAAUACUAUCGAGGAUUUUUUGUGGUUCAAAUUGUCAGCAGUUCGAGAUCGCCCAGGUGGUGGAGCUUCUUCCUCCUCUGCUAUUUUGAAUGAGGGCAUGGUACCUUACAGUUUAGACGAUCUGCAGGUUUACCUUAAUAAGUUUGAGCCUUCGUAUUACACAAAGAACGGGAAGGAUCCGUUAGUGUACCCUUACAUAUUACUUUUGAGCAUCCAGUUUUUGCCAGCGGUUUUAUACUUAUCCAAGGAAACUGGAGAUGGAGGAUUCAAUAUCGACGCAGUUCAUAUUUCAAUUGUUCUAGCAGAUCAUGGGGUUCUUUCGGAUGGUGCUGGAACUGGUCCAAAGCUGGGUCUAAUGGAUGCUUUUGCUGAAGCUGCUAGCAUGAUUCGCCAGUAUGGUUCGGCAUAUUUGCAUUCAGAUAAUCUCUCAGCGGCACUAGAAUAUUAUGCACAAGCUGCUUCUGCAAUGGGUGGUGGAGAGUUAUCUUGGACUGGAGGAGGAAACAGCAAUCAGCAAAGACAGAGACAAUUGAUGCUCAAGCAACUCCUUAUUGAGCUAUUAUUACGUGAUGGUGGCAUAUCUCUUUUGCUUGGUGCAAGAGGUGCUGGCGAGGAAGGUCAACUUAGGAGGUUUCUAAAUGACAGAACAGCACAACAACAGUUUUUGCUUGAAGCUGCUCGCCAAUGCCAGGAAGCUGGGCUAUACGACAAAUCUGUAGAAAUACAAAAGAGAAUUGGGGCCUAUUCAGUAGCACUGGAGACAAUAAAUAAGUGCCUCUCAGAAUCCAUUUGUGCUCUCUCGCGUGGUAGAUUUGACGGGGACAGUCAGACUUCUGGUCUCAUUCAAAAAGCGAAUGAGAUAUUGGAAGCUUACAAAUACUCACAUGAAUCAAGCCUGCAUGAUAGAGAGCAUAUUUUGGAGCAGCAAACAGUGUUAAGACAGCUUGAGGCGAUAUUGUUUAUCCAUAAACUAGCUAAAUCAGGUCAAUAUGCAGAUGCUUUAAGGGAGCUAAUGAAGCUGUCAUUCCUUCCCUUAGAUCCGCGGUCACAAGAUAUCUCAGUUGAUGUGUUUCCCAAGUUAGCAUUGCAUGUCCAAGCUUGUGUGCCAGAUCUCCUGAAGGUUGCUCUUAGCUGUCUAGACAAUGUAGCAGAUUCAGAUGGACUACUGCGCGCCUUACGGAUUAAGAUUGCCAAUUUUGUUGCAAACAAUAUGGCGAGGAACUGGCCCCGCGAUUUGUACGAAAAGGUUGCACGAACCAUUUGAAAGGACUGAUGCCUGCAAUGUUUAGUUAUGUUUGUCACACUAAUGUAAAAAAACUUGCUUGCUUUCAUCCAUGUAGAUGCUUUAUUGGCUCUUCUUUCGCAGUAAUUUUUUUUAUCCGUGUGCCAUGUGGAUGGCAUGAUCUGCUUUACUGUGAAUGAAUGAAAAAGUAGAUAUCCAGACUUUGCAAUUUUCCCUCA